AAUUUGUGAUCAUGGAUCCACAAAAUGCAGAGAUGCUUCCACCCUCUCUUCUCACUCCUUCUGUCAAAGAACUCUCUAAGGAGCCACUAACCAAAGUUCCUCACAGAUUCUUUCGCCCAGAAAUUGACCCUUCAAUUUUCUCUAACUCCCAAUUUUCGCCACAACUCCCUGUCAUAGACCUAAACCAGUUAUUGUCUGAGGGUUUGAAGGGCCCUGAACUGCAAAAGCUAGACAUUGCAUGCAAGGAAUGGGGUUUUUUUCAGUUGAUUAAUCAUGGAGUUAGCAUCGAAUUGGUGGAAGAUGUAAAGAGAGGUGCAAAAGAACUCUUCAAUCUUUCAAUGGAAGAGAAGAAAAAGCUUUGGCAGAAACCAGGAGACAUGGAGGGGUUUGGUCAAAUGCUUGGUUAUAAAGAGGGGCCAUCAGAUUGGGUAGAUUUGUUCUACAUUUUCACACUUCCAUCACAUUUAAGGAAACCCCAUCUAUUCUCUAACAUACCACUGCCAUUCAGGGAAAACUUAGAAGAUUAUUGUAUCAAGAUGAAAGACCUUGGCAUCAACAUUUUUGUUCUUAUAGGGAAAGCUCUUGGCAUAGAAGAAAAGGAAAUUAAAGAGUUAUUGGGAGAAGGAGGCCAAUCAGUAAGGAUCAAUUACUAUCCUCCUUGUCCCCAACCAGAAAAUGUUCUUGGCCUUGGGGCUCACACUGAUGGAUCUGCUCUCACCAUCCUUCUCCAAGCCAAUGAAGUGGAAGGCCUCCAAAUAAAAAAGGAUGGAAAGUGGGUUUUAGUUGAACCUCUCCCAAAUGCUUUCAUCAUUAGUCUUGGAGAUGUUAUGGAGGUAAUGACAAAUGGGAUAUAUAAGAGCAAUCUACAUCGAGCAAUAGUAAACUCACAGAAAGUGAGGCUUUCCAUUGCUACAUUUUAUGGACCAGGAUGGAGUGGAAACAUAGGUCCAGCACCAACCCUUGUCACUCCAAAAAAUACAGCAUUGUUCAAAACAAUUGGCGUAGCAGAUUUCUAUAAAGGAUACCUUUCACCAGAGCAUUUUGGGAAACCAAAACAAUAUAUAAAUGAUGUUUUAAGGAUCCAAAAUAAGCACCUCAAAGGCUAG